CGUUAUUGUUUCAUCAUCGAGUUAGCAUUGUUACAACUUCUUGAUGCUUAUAACAUUGUAACUCACGGUCCGUUUUGUCUUUGAUUUGGAUAAAAAUUGAACUGUCAAAACGGUACUACUUAGAAGGAAGACUAUCUUUUUGUUUAAAAAAAAAAAAAGAGCCCAAACAUAUUCCAUGUCACAAAAGUUUUAAAUUUUAAUGCGGACAAUGUUGGUCUGGGUGUCUGGGACCUUACCGUUUUCCUGAAUGUUCUAAAAAUCCCCCAUUAUCUUCAUCUUCAUCUUCAUCGUCUCUUCUUCAACCGCCCGCCGCCGCGAGAACCCCAUUCUAAGCAAUAAUAGAUGAUGGAUACCUUUCUCCUCACAGCUGCUUCUGCUUCUUCUUCGAAAGUUGGGAGUUUGGUACUCUGCUCUCAAAACCGCAACUUUCGCUCCAAAUCUGCAAAAUUGCAGCUCUGCUCCUCUUCUUCAACAUCUUCUUCUUAUUUGCCCCUUCCAUUUUCAUCUGGGAAGUUGAGAUUCUCGUCUCUCAUAGUAGCUUCUUCCACCAAUGAUAAUAAUAGCAAGAAGAAGAAUAAGAACAAAUCAGACAGCCAUAGUUUCUUUCCACGACCAGAUGAAAUCACUUUCCCUGAAGCCGUCCUCCUCAAAGAGGUGAAGCCUGGAGAAGAUGGUAAGCUUCUGCCUGAGUUUGCUGACGCGGAAGAACGAGCUCUUUUUGACUCCUUGAGUCUUCAGCUGGAGAGUGAUUUAGAUGUGGAAAGAAUGCGCCACUAUGAAGUUGUUUACUUGAUUCAUGAAGACCACAAGGAUAAGGUAGAUAGUGUCAAUAUGAUGGUUCAAGAUUUUUUGAAGGAGAAAAAAGGAAAGGUUUGGAGAUUCAACGACUGGGGUAUGAGAGGACUGGCUUACAAGAUACGAAAAGCGAACCGCGCGCACUACAUAUUGAUGAACUUUGAAUUAGAUGCCAAGUGGAUAAAUGAUUUCAAGGAGUUGCUGGACAAGGAUGAGAGAGUCAUUCGACAUCUUGUCAUGAAGAGGGACAAAGCGGAAACAAAGGAUUGCCCGCCGCCUCCGGACUACUAUUCUUUAUCCGGUGACGAUGAGGUAAUGGAUGAGUACGGCGAUGAAGAUGAGGGUAAUGAUGAUGAGAUUGAAGCUGAAUUGGAAAUGGAUGAUGAUGGUGAUGAUGAUGAUGAUGAUGAUGAUGGUGGUGGUGAUGAUGAUGACUUUGAUGGUGAUGAUGAUGGUGAUUAUGAUGAUGAAGAUGCUGAUGAUGAUAAUGAUGAUGAUGAUGAAUAUGAUGAUGAUGAUGAUGGAGGUAGCAGGCUGAGUAUUCCAAUUCUGACCAGAAGGGAAAAGGAAUUGGCAAGAGUGUAGGCAGGCUGUUUGUAUCUGGCCUCAAAGUACUAUUUUUUUUCUUUUUGUUUGAGUAUAUUAAUAUUUGUAUAUAUGCACCACUUUUUUUUAACCUAGUGGCUCACUAAGAUGCAGACCUAAUGACGUUUCAUUUGGGAAAAUCUUGGUUGUCUCUCGACCACAAGGCCUUAGCGGCCGAAAGCACUAUUGGUAGUAUGUCUUGUUUACUUGUGAAACGAAGGCUUUGUUUGAUAAUUGGUUGUUUUGUACUGAUUGGUUUAGUUGUUCGGUUGAUCAAAUGUCCGUGAAAAAAAUGUUUGGCAAACCCAUUUUAUAAAUAGCUGUUGUAGAU